GAAAGAAAGAGAGGAGGAGGAGGAGGUCUUUGGUAUUCGGAGGAUUUCCUUUGGGGAUAAAGGGACGCGUUGAAUUGAUGACUGGAGAGGUCUAGACUGCUGGUUCUGAGGAUGUUGUCAGCGGGGCAGAUUAGGUGGUGCUUGUGGACCCCACUGGUGUUACUGGUCCUGGUUUCCCAUUACCCCUCUAAAGCACAAGAUCAAGUUCCAGCUCCAAGGAGGCUGCGUUUUAAAGUGCUGAGUCCAAGCAAACUGCUUGUUACAUGGAAGGAGCCCAAAGGAGACUUUGACAGCUAUCUAUUCCUCUACAACAGUACAGGUGGUCAGCAGAGGGAGAUCAUAAUAUCUAAAUCUGACACUAAGGUGUUGAUAACAGAUUACAACCCCUCUAAGGAAUACACUGUCAGUGUCAUCAGUGUCAGUGGCAGUGAGCAGAGCCGGCCACUUCAGGGCAGACAUAAAGCUGAAAGAGGUGAGAGUGACGGAGGAGACAAGACUAAGCCCGAGAGGCUGACUGAGUCAGCUGUACCACCUGAGGAUGCCAACGAGAUCUCUGGAGUUGAUCAGUUUGUUUGCCACACUGAGGCCAUUGCAGACAUCGUGAUCCUGGUGGACGGCUCCUGGAGUAUUGGUCGGCUUAACUUCCGGCUGGUCCGCAUGUUCUUGGAAAAUCUGGUCGACGCCUUUGAUGUUGGCAUUGAUAAGACAAGGAUAGGUCUGGCUCAGUACAGUGGGGAUCCCAGGAUAGAAUGGCAUCUAAACGCUUUCUCCUCGAAAGAUGCCGUCAUUGACGCUGUUAAGAACCUGCCAUACAAAGGAGGAAAUACUCUCACAGGCCUUGCAUUGGAAUAUAUCUUGGAGAACUGCUUCAAGCCGGAGUCUGGCUCACGGGUGGGUGUACCUAAGAUUGGGAUCCUCAUCACAGACGGGAAGUCCCAGGACGAUGUCAUACCUCCUGCAGAGAGUCUGCGAAAUGCUGGGGUGGAGUUGUUUGCUAUUGGUGUUAAGAAUGCUGAUGAGAAUGAGCUGCUCUCCAUUGCCUCAGAGCCGGACAACACACAUGUCUACAACGUGGCCGACUUCAACAUCAUGAGUUCCAUUGUAGAGGGUUUGACCAAGACUGUGUGUGAACAAGUGGAGCAGCAAGAAAAAGAUAUCAAACAAAGUAAGGGCCUGAAGACAGGAGCACCGCUUGAUCUGGUGACAUCAGAAGUCACGGCCCGCAGCUUUAGGGUUUCAUGGAGCCACGCCCCCGGAAAUGUAGAGAAAUACAGAGUGCUUUAUUAUCCUGAUAGUGGAGGAGAACCACAGGAGGCGGUAGUGGACGGUAGUGAGACUUCAACGGUGUUACAGCAUCUCAGCUCUCUCACUGAGUACCAUCUGGCUGUGUUUGCUGUAUACGCAAACGAGGCAAGUGACGCUCUCAGAGGAUCAGAAACAACCCUGGCCCUUCCCACUGUGACGGCCCUCCAGCUGUUUGAUGUGACUCACAGCACCAUGAAAGCGAGAUGGGACAUUGUGGAUGGAGUUUCUGGUUACCUAGUGCUGUAUGCACCUCUUACAGAUGAUGGAGAUGUAGACGAGAAGGAGGUCAAGGUGACAGAUGCAGUGACAGAGCUGGAGCUUGAUGGGCUGACCCCUCGCACUGAAUACACCGUCACUGUUUAUGCCAUGUAUGGGGAGGAGGCGAGUGACCCUAUGACAAACCAGAAAUCUACAUUACCACUGAGUCCCCCCAGCAACCUCCAGUUCUCUGACAUCACUCACAACUCCGCCCACAUCCGCUGGGACCCCGUGCCCAGAGGAGUUAAAGGUUACCGCAUCAUGUGGGUCAAGACAGAUGGACUUGUGACUGAGGAGGUGGAGGUGGCUCCAGUUAACUCUCAUGACCUCAGUGAGUUAACGUCUCUGAUGGAGUACUCAGUGGCCAUCUUUGCCCUGUACAAUGAGGGCCAAUCAGAGCCACUCACAGAUGGAUUCACCACCACUCCAGUUCCUGGUCCUUUGGAUCUACGCUCCAAUAAUGUCGGCACAGACAGCUUCCAGGUCAGCUGGGAUCACUCAGCCAAUGACAUCGUCCUCUACAGACUCUCCUGGGCACCAUUCACAGGUGGCGAAACAAAGGAGGUUGUCCUGAAUGGGAUUGAUAACAGUUACACCCUGACUGGUCUGAGUCCGUCGACUGAGUACGAAGUUAUGUUGACGGCUGUAUUCAAAGAUGAAUCCGAGAGUGAUACCGUCUCUGUUAUAGAGACCACAUUGGCCGAGACGACAACGAUUGCUACCACAACCACAGUGGCACGUCAGGGUGUGAGAAACCUUCUGCUGAGUGACGAAACCACCCAGAGCAUGAAGGCAUCAUGGAAGCUGGAAGACCCCCAUGUGGAAAGCUACAGGGUCUCCUACGCCGACCUCAGGGGCAACCACAAAGAGGAGUCUGUGUUGGUUCCUGGUGUUCAGAUGAGAGCAGUGCUUCAGCCGUUGCUAUCAGACAGCCAGUACAAAGUGACAGUCACACCGGUGUACGGCGAUGGACAAGAUGGCAUCAGUGUCUCUGUGCUGGGUGCCACAUUACCCCUCCUAUCUCCUGGAAACCUACGUGUGUCAGAGGAGUGGUACAAUCGCUUCAGGGUCACCUGGGAUCCACCUCAGUCGCCGGCAGUGGGUUACAAGAUUGUAUACCAGCCCAUCUAUGUUCUAGGACCAGUUUUGGAGACAACAGUGACUGAAGAUGUGAACUCCAAGCUGCUUCUGAAUCUACUAAGUGGGACGGAGUACAGUGUUCAAGUGACGUCCUCCUACCCUACAGGACAGAGUGAACCACUGCUGGUGAAUGCCAAGACAUUGUUCCUCGGUGUCUCUGGUUUGGCGUCCUACCAGGUACGUCCCAACAGCCUUUGUGUCCAAUGGCAGCCUCUGCUACGUGCCACGUUGUACAGAGUCUCCAUACAGUCGACACUCAAUGGUCAGAGACAGGAAGUAAGCCUGGGAGGUGGUGCUUCCCGACAGUGCUUCUAUGACCUCACUCCCAGCAGCCAGUACGAGAUCAGCGUUCACACCCAGAUGCAGGAUAUGGAGGGACCUCCUGUUUCUAUCACUGACAUGACGAUGCCAGCGCCAACUCAAGCUCCGACUGAACUCCCCACCACAGAGCCCCCUCCCACCAUCCCACCUGCUAAAGAAGUGUGUAAGGAGGCCAAAGCUGACCUGGCAUUCCUGGUCGAUGGAUCCUGGUCCAUUGGAGACGACAACUUCAUGAAGAUCACACGUUUUCUCUACAGCACCAUGGGAUCACUGGAUCUGAUUGGACCAGACGGUACCCAGGUGGCCAUCGCUCAGUUCAGCGACGAUGCUCGGACAGAAUUCCAGCUAAAUUCCCAUGGCAACAAGGAAGCGCUGUUGGAAGCUAUCCAGAGGAUCAGAUACAAGGGAGGAAACACAAAGACCGGUCGGGCCAUCAAACAUGUGAAGGAGUCAAUUUUCGCCCCAGCAGCCGGAUCUAGAAGGGGAGUUCCUAAAGUCCUGGUUGUUCUCACUGAUGGACGUUCCCAAGAUGAUGUCAACAAAGUGUCCAAGGAGAUGCAAAUGGAUGGCUAUAUCAUCUUUGCCAUUGGCUUUGCGGAUGCAGACUACGGGGAGCUGGUGAAUAUUGCCAGCAAGCCCAGUGACAGACACGUCUUCUUCGUGGAUGAUUUAGAUGCUGUGAAGAAAAUAGAAGAACAGCUCAUCACUUUUGUCUGUGAGGCUGCCACUGCCACUUGUCCAUCUGUUCUGAUGAGUGGUAACACAAUGGCAGGUUUCCGUAUGAUGGAGAAGUUUGGCCUAGUAGAGAAGGAGUACAGCACCAUACCUGGAGUUUCUCUGGAGCCGGGUUCAUUCAACAGCUUUCCCUGUUACAGAUUACACCGUGACGCCCUGGUGUCACAGCCCACCAAGUACCUUCAUCCUGAAGGUUUACCCUCUGACUACACCAUUUCUAUGAUGCUCCGCCUACUUCCUGAGACCCCGCAGGAGCCCUUUGCAUUGUGGGAAAUCCUCAACAAGGACAACGAGCCAUUGGUGGGACUAAUCCUGGACAACUCUGGAAAGACCUUGUCGUUCUUCAAUUAUGACUACAAAGGAGACUUCCAGACCGUCACUUUUGAAGGAACUGAAAUAAAAAAAAUCUUCCAUGGCAGCUUCCACAAGCUCCAUGUAACCAUCAGCAAGACGUCUGUGAAGGUGGUGUUGGAUUGUUCUGUGGUUGGGGAGAAAUCCGUCAGUGCUGCUGGUAACAUUACCAAAGAUGGAGUGGAGAUCCUUGGAAGAAUGGUUCGGUCCAGAGGCAGACGGGACGAUUCUGCUCCAUUCCAGCUCCAGAUGUUUGACAUCAUCUGCAGCACAUCCUGGGCCAGCAGAGAUAAGUGUUGCGAGCUGCCGGCAUUGAGAGUUGAGGAGCAGUGCCCCUCCAUGCCUCAUGCCUGUACCUGCUCCCAGGACAGUAAAGGACCUCCAGGACCUUCCGGACCCCCGGGCGGUCCAGGCAUAAGGGGAGCCAGAGGAGACCGAGGAGAGCCAGGAGUCACGGGACCUCAAGGGCCAGUGGGAGAGAUUGGCCCUUCUGGACCCUCAGGACCGCCUGGGCCUCAGGGACCCAGUGGUCUCUCUAUUCAGGGACUCCCGGGUGCUUCUGGGGAAAAAGGAGAGAGAGGAGAGAUCGGUCCAGCCGGACUAAUGGGUGUUCCUGGAAGCUCGGGCCCCCCUGGUAGAGACGGCCCCCCAGGAACAAGGGGUCUGCCGGGUAAUAAUGGACCACAGGGACGACAAGGGCCUUCUGGACCUGUUGGAGUACCAGGAGCACCAGGAGCUCCAGGUCCUGGUGGAUCAGCAGGGUCCCAAGGAGAUCAAGGACUUCCUGGUCCUGCUGGUACCAAAGGUGAUAAGGGAGAAAGAGGUGAUGUACAAUCCCAAGCUGCUGUUCGAGCCAUCGCACGGCAAGUGUGUGAGCAACUCAUCCAGAGCCACUUGUCUCGCUAUAACUCCAUACUGAACCAGAUCCCCGUCCAGUCAUCGCUGUCAGUCCGAACAGUAACUGGACCCCCCGGAGAGCCAGGUAGGAGAGGCCCCCAAGGACCUCAGGGAGAGCAAGGGCCAGCUGGCAGGCCAGGCUUCCCAGGGACCAGCGGCCAGAACGGACGACCGGGAGAGAGAGGUCUUAUUGGAGAGAAGGGAGAGAAAGGAAGUCCAGGAGUUGGAAGUCAGGGACCACGAGGACAAACCGGACCUCCAGGCCUGCCAGGUGAAGGACGGACAGGCAGCCAGGGCCCCCCUGGUCGGCCUGGUAAUCCAGGAACACCGGGGAGGUCAGGGAAUCCAGGUGCCACAGGACCAGCCGGCCCGUCAGGAUACUGUGACCAGAACUCCUGUCUGGGGUACAAUGUCGGAGUUCAACAGGACUAUGGGAAUGAUUACUGAGGAACAUUCUUCAACCGUCCUCCUCUCCUCACCUCCCUCCACUCCUCGCUCUGUGCCCUUCACAUAUGACUAAAAACUGAGAAAAUAGAUCAAAUAUUACUUCAAGGCCUCCAUAUUUCUUGGAAAGGAUAAUUACUCCUGACCCCGGUGUUUAACCUCUAAACGCUGCAGCAGCGAUUAAUACAUUUUGUUUCUCCAGAAACCUUAUUCCAACCAACACUGCAUUUUACAGAAUCUUUUGUAAAAUGAUCUGGAUUUUUUUAAUGCAACUAAUCUAACGAACAAAUCUGUGUAUUCAUCCAUUUAAAGUUUUUCAGUCAGAUUUUCAGUCUUUAUGCACACAAUGCUCAGUGUUUCCUUAUCAUGAAAAAAACUGGAUUAAUUUUCACCAUAAAUUAACGUUCUUGAUAGAAUUGAAUCGUUAAUAUUGCUUCUUCAUCAUUUGACAGUCUCUGAGACAAAAAUGGAUGAGCUCUUCAUCCCACAAGACCAAACAAAACCCCAUAACGCUGCUGCGAAGAUCACCACCACUGAUCUCUGUGCCAUCUGUCAACAAAUACUGGUGCACAAAAUGGUUUGCUGCUGCAGCCUCUGCUUCAAGCACAAAUCUCUCCAAAGCUAAUCUCAUUUUUCAAAGCCCGAUGGAGCAGCUAAAUAGUGAUGAAUUGCUUUAAUGCUGAUUUGGUGCAUUCAUUACUGAACAACCACUCUAUCUGUACAUCUCAUGUACUGUAAACUGGGCAAAGGUUUACCCAUAAUGUGACCCAGAUGUGAUCUUUUUUGGCAUUAUGGGGUAAAAAAACAGAUUUGUCUUAAAUUUCAUUAACUCACUUCCUCAUUAACCAAAAACGUUUGGAGUCAAAUAUGCCUGUGCAACUCCUUUUCAACUUGUUUUGUAACAUUUUAAUAGGGCAGUGCCUCGUUAUUGCUGUUAAGUGACAGUGGUGGCAUUCAAGCUAGUUGUACUCCCAAUGUCAGCCUUCAGACUUUCCUCCAUGUUCCCAUUGGUGGUGGUUAGCUACAGUGAAUCAGAAACAUUAACUCCAACUGACUCUAAAUAUUCCCACCACCCCAGUCCAACCCCUGCCUCACGGCGGCUACCAGCCCUACAAUCAGCCGUACAACCCUGCUGCAGUUGCUUACAACAACGACCAAGGAGGCCAGGAUGAGGAGGACGAGGAAGAGCAGGACCCCUAUUACCGUGGCGACCCCCGUCAGUACUACCCCCAACAGCCUUCACAAAUGGCUAACGGCCAAUAUGGUUAUCACUCGAACCCCACCCACUCUGAGGACACAGAGGUGAGGUCACCGGGUAUCGCCAGGAGGUUUUCACGUAACGUAGCUGUGUAAAUGAGGAGGGAGGACUUAAGAGGAAGGAUGGACUCACCAAAAGUGCUUGAGCCCCGCACGCCACAACAUACACACUGAUAUUCAUACAUGGAAACAAAUCAGACACUGACAUGCACGAACACAUCGUCCCACAUCUGAAACUGUGGUGAGAGCCCCCUUCCUGUGUAUCGAGUGGUUUUUCUCCACCUGAUAAAACAAUGUAAAUAGCUCUGAUGACUCUUGUACAAUAUCUCUGUAAAAGGGGGGUCUGAAAAGUGCCUGAUCUAUGUUAGCAUCGUCCAGUAGUAAUGUAAAGGUAAGACCAGAUUUUUUCCCAUCUCACAGCUGAUUUCAGGACUAAACCCUUCCUUUUGUGUGAAGCUGCAUGUCUCCUUUGAGCCAGACAUUGAGUGUGUAACUGGACACUUGCAUCUUGUUUCAGAUGUGUGUAACAUGCUAGAUUAUUGUACGAUUCAAAUGGAGGACGUUGAGCUGGCAACAUUUGUACAGGCUGCUUUUUAUAACGAUGAAUCACGAUUCCAUGCCGUCUUUAUUUUAGUGUGUAAAGGAAUAUUGAAAUGUUUUUGAAGUGAUUUUCUUUGUAAGGUAUUGUUUGCUUCUUCUUACUAUUACUGGAGUUAAUCCCCUAAAAGUCCCGGUAGAAGCAUCAAAUUUCUGUCAAGUUUAAUAUUACCUUAACACUGUGGAACACAAUCAAAUGCAUUACUUUUUUACACUCAUCAUUUUCAUUCAGAGACCAUCGUACUUUGUGCUGCGAUAGUUCCUUAAGUUGGUACUAGUACAAACAUGGACCAGGUCUGUUCUGGGUUUUAAUACUUGUGGUGAGGACAAAUCUGUGUUGUUUUGUCUAGUGUUAUCGCCCCUGUUUGUUUCGUUUAUUGUUCUUAUGCAAAGUUGGGCCUGCUCACUGUGGAAGCUGUUUACACACUGGUUGACCUCUGACCUCUUGCAGGAAUGAGACUUGCAUACAGUUAUUAAAAAGAAAAGUCAGCUGCUUCUCGGUGAAACCAUUAAGUUCUGAACCACAAGUGUUAACUUUACCCCUACUGCAUUUCAGUCUGAAAAAACAAGCACUAAAGUAACUUAAAGUUAAGCUGUGAGCUGGCCCUGGUCUACUCUAGAUUGAAACUUUCAAACUUGAACAUAUUAAAUAAGGAAUGUGUCUUGCCACAACGCCCCUUCGUACAAUAUGAACUUAUUUAUUUUACAUUUUGUUUGCUUUUAUAACCAAUAAAUCUGUUAUGAGACCAUACAAUGUGUUUUAA